UCGCAAGUUUGGUGCGUGCAAGAAUUGAUGUUUUUUGUGUUGAACCAACGAAAUCUGGACCGGAAAAGGGUCGCAUUCCUUCUCCCGGUCAACGCUGGACGUUGUUCCUUUGUGUGCGAUAAUCGAACAAGCGCACCGUGGCCGUAGUACCGAAUUUUGCGUCGCGUCACAGUGUUCGCCUGCAUCUCGGCAUACACACGGGGGCAGUGCGGUUCUUGCUACAAGCAAAGUGAAAGAAAGUGUGUGUAUAAUCUUUGGUGAAAAUAACAAAGCGGGAUGUGAAGAGAGAGAGAGUGCUCCCCCCCACUGAAUUUUGGUGCAGUGCAUAACGAAAAGGUGACAUUGGUGUUACAAAGUGAUGUGAUUCGGUGUGGCCGCGUCUCGAUACAAACCCGGAUCGGGAAAGACCCUUCGUGAAAGAUCCUUCCACAUCAAACGGGGCACAUCUCGUUGGCACACCAUUGUGUUGUUGAUGUGUACCGUCUGGUACUGGUGCGAGAGAUACUCGAAAAGGCAGAGCGAAAGAUACGUUUGAAGUGUCAGGUGUGUAACCGAGCCGUCGUGUCUAGUUCCGGUCUCUCCGGUUCGUUCCGAAAGACACGCACCCACACACGGGGGGCGUUUAAGUGUGAGUGUUCAUCUCUUUUGCAUCCCGUUAUCCUUAUCAACCGCAAUCGUCCGUGCCAGAAACUUACAGACAUACACCCACAAAAAAAAAUCACAUCUACACAACGCACACUCAAACAUUCGUGACUGAAGGUGUCAGAUUUUUUGUGUUUUGUGACCCUGUCCAUCAUUUGUAGCGGUGGAAAACAAAAAAAAAAUAGUGCUUUCAUUCCACUUAUUUGUGUGUACCACUGAUACCACGUGUGUGUGUACAAGUGUCUGUUAAAGGAGGCAAGUGGGGAGGAUUAAAACGUAAGCACCGCACGGGUCGGUUGGUGCCAAGAUCACGCGGAAAACCCGGUGGGAAAUAGCUAAUGAUUAACGAUACACACAGCACAGAGGGAAAAAGCUUGUAGUGCGGCCCACGUUUUUGGGGCAAAAAGAAAUUAUAACAGUUACAAACACAUCCACAUUGUGGUUGUGUAUAGGCAUCGUCCUGAACCGGAUGCGGAAGUGACCGCCUGGAAGAAAUUUCGUAUAAGCGAACCCAAGUGUUUCUGGUGUACGGUGUACCGUGUGUGCGUAUGUGCAUUGUGGAAUCGUGUGCCAGUGGGUAACUGCAGCAGGGAAACGGGUGGUGUCGUUGUUGGGUGAGACUGUGUGAUAGAUUUGUGUUUCCGGCACUGCUUCCUUUACGAGCUGUGGCAGCUUCCUCCUACGUGAUUCUAUUUUUGUGUGCAGUUUUAAAGAACGGGAGGCAUUGGUAAAAGCUAGAAGGAAAAAAACGUUUUCCUCCAUUUCGGCAAAAGGGAGCAUCGUCUUUUGUACAAGAUCGUUAGCUAAGAGCGUUGCUGCUACCCAGCAAGACUAUCGCACUCAAUCAACGGAUUUUGGAUCAAUCUUUGAGACAGGUGUUAAACAUAAAGACGGCCACCAUAGAGUUGACAUCUUCCAAACUGUGAUGGGAUCUUCUGCAUUAUGACAAUAACAACAAUUAAAGAACAAGUGAGAAACAACUUCGGGGCUUCAACAUGAGCUCACGUCACGCCUUCUACACCGUCGAGGUGGGCGACACCAAGUUUACCAUUCUAAAGCGAUACCAAAACCUGAAACCGAUCGGAUCCGGCGCUCAAGGCAUUGUUUGUGCCGCAUACGAUACAGUAACACAGCAGAAUGUUGCCAUCAAAAAGCUAUCAAGACCUUUCCAAAAUGUCACUCACGCCAAACGAGCCUACAGGGAGUUUAAGCUUAUGAAAUUAGUCAAUCAUAAAAAUAUCAUUGGGCUGCUGAACGCAUUCACUCCGCAGCGUACACUAGAAGAGUUCCAGGAUGUGUACCUGGUCAUGGAGCUUAUGGAUGCGAACCUCUGCCAGGUCAUACAGAUGGAUCUGGAUCACGAGCGAAUGUCCUACCUGCUCUAUCAGAUGCUGUGCGGCAUCAAGCAUCUUCACUCGGCUGGAAUUAUUCACCGGGACUUGAAGCCCUCCAACAUCGUGGUAAAAUCGGACUGCACACUAAAAAUAUUAGAUUUCGGACUGGCACGUACGGCCGGUACCACGUUCAUGAUGACACCGUACGUCGUCACGCGGUACUACCGUGCGCCGGAAGUGAUCCUGGGCAUGGGCUAUAAGGAGAACGUCGACAUCUGGUCGGUAGGAUGCAUCAUGGGUGAAAUGAUACGCGGUGGCGUACUCUUUCCCGGCACAGAUCAUAUUGAUCAGUGGAAUAAAAUCAUUGAACAAUUGGGUACUCCGUCCCAGUCCUUUAUGGCACGGUUACAACCAACGGUGCGAAAUUACGUGGAAAAUAGGCCCCGCUACACGGGCUAUCCGUUCGAUCGGCUCUUCCCGGACGUGCUGUUUCCGACCGAUUCGAACGAACACAAUCGACUGAAGGCUAGUCAAGCGCGAGAUCUGCUCAGUAGAAUGUUGGUGGUCGAUCCGGAGCAUCGCAUUUCCGUCGAUCAGGCACUGGUGCACAGCUACAUCAACGUUUGGUACGACGAGAGUGAAGUCAAUGCGCCUGCACCCGGUCCGUACGAUCACAGUGUGGACGAGCGCGAACACACGGUCGAGCAGUGGAAAGAACUGAUCUACCAGGAGGUGAUGGAGUACGAGGCACGCAAUAAUCUAGCAGAUGGCGAGGGUGCUCCACGGUAGAAACCGGAGGGCAGCUGUACCGUUAGUUCCGGUUCACAGCCAACUGCAGCAACGGACGAGGAGGAGGCCACAACAUCAUCAUCAACCGUACCGCCCCCAUCGGAGGAACCUCCGAACAGCGCAUCAACUUCUGAGGAGUGAACGCCACUAAAACUUCAAACCACUCCCAUCAGUAUGAAGUGUCUCGAAGGCUCCUCAAUAUGAACCGCCAAGUGGACGAUGUGUCACGAUGCAUCACAACAGCAGGAAAGUCAAGCAAUAAGCUACCAAUUUAGAGUAACAAUCUCUCUCUCUCUCGCCCUGUCAGGAUCUUCUAGAAAUCGCCCCUUAUUGCUGUGUGUGUUUGUGUGUGCUCGCACGGGUGUAGAGAAGGGGCUUGGUGUGUGUGUGUGUACGGUACGGUCACGAGAGUGCGGGUGUGCAGCAAAUGCAGAAGUGAUGUAAGGUUUCAAGUAUCUAUCCUAGUGUGGAGAACAUGAAAUGGUGUGUCUGGAGCUGGGUUUGUGGUGCAUUUCGCUAGCGCGCACAUCCACUAUCCUCUGGUCAUUACAAUAAGUGCAAUAAUUUUGGGAUGCGCGACACUGAUGCAAAUGCGAAAUACAACAGAAGUUGUACACACACACACCGCUAGAGCACAAACGAAACGUGUGUGCAAAGAGGACGGAUUGUGAGAAACGUGAUAUUUACAGCCUGGCGUGGAAUAAUGUCUGUUACAGUAGAAAUGGACUGGACAUGAUAUUGUGACAAGGCGAAAUAAGGUGAAGGAUAGGGAAAGUAUAUAGAAUGGUUACGCAAAUAAUGAGCAACCACGUAACGCCACAUCCAUUGCAUAACGCAUACGAUACGCUAACUCUACUCUACUAGCUGGUGCGCAGAGCUGUGACACUUUUUUCUUUGUUUAUGUUUUGCCUGCCGCUUUUGUUUUUUUGUAAUUUAUUUGCCUAUCUCACUCUGAGAUGAAUGUGAAUGUUUUCCGAUUAAUGUUCAGAAACUUUCGCAAGGGCAGAUGACUCAUAUUGGGUAGAUUCAAUCUACCUUCUUCGAGGGUUUGUUUUGCUCCCCCAAAACGUGCAUACCUGGAUUGAUAAAUGGAAAUAACUUUCCCCAUUUUACAUUAACAGCUUGUUGUUCAAAACUGUGGCAACAGAUUGACAUUUGUCUUGAAGAAAAGAAGCUUUGGGGAUGGUAAACAGAUUACCAUUGUGUGCGGCCAGCAUUGCUAUAGACUUGUGUAUAGAAGUGUAAGAUUAUUGUUGAGUUUUUUUUUUAGAAGAUUCGAAUGUGUAUUAUUAAUUCCAUCUAGCCUCAUUUCGAACACACACAUAUACACUGCCCUCUACUUGAAGUUAAGAAGAAGUCUCAAAAAAACAAAGACACACCGAAGUACAGCGUCAAAUCUAUUGAAGCAUUUUCGUAAGAGACAAGAUUUUAUUGUACAAGUUUUAGGUUCGAUUGAUUUUAGUGCAAUUAUCCACAUUUCCUUCAUACCCUUGCCAUAGUCAAACGAACGAUAAGUAGGAUGAAAUCAUUGUAUAAAUUAUCACAAUGCAACCACACUUACAAACUCACAGUUUAAUCGCAGAAAACGUACUUAAAAUCGACUAAAAGAAGAUUUAAUAAUAAACGAUUUAGUUCAAGUUUAAAGAAAAAGUUAAAUGAGCAAAAAGACCUACACGCUGCUGGUCCCUAUAAGAAACAGAAAACAGAAAUCAGUACAUUUAAAGCUAAACUGACAAAAAAAAGAAGAAAACAAGAGUCGCUACACUUAGUAGAUAAUCCUUCAGCCCUUGCUAAGACGAAGUAAUGGAGGGCUAGCUAUGGAUAAAUUAUUUGAUUCUAUAAAGACAAAACACAACACACGCACACGUACAUAUAAACACGUACACAUACACACACAUAUAUGCGGUUCGUGUACAGCAUAUAGUCCGCUUGCGGACGUGUGGUUUUGUUAGUUACAACUCAUUUGUAUCAAGACGAAGUCGAUAAGGCAAGUAAAUAUUACUUUUAGUAUCAUAUUACAUACUACAACGCAAACUACUGUAGCGCGGGGUAAAUAUCGUGUAAAUAGCAAACAAAACAAAACCGUGAUGUCCUUCCUUUGCCCCGAUAAAUACGCGCCGGGAAGGAAAAAACAAUAGAAGACAAAACCACUACUUUAACACAGCUGAAAUCAGUGGAGCGAACUCGCAAAUAAUCAAGCUAAUAAAUAAUUAUGGUUAUUGAAAGACUAUUAAAAGGGUGAACGUAUGGGAUGGGGGAAGGUACGGCAUUCAAGUCGCCCCUUCUCCUUACAAAUUUUCAUAAUUUGUGUAUAAUUAGGCGAUUGCGUAUCAUCAUCGUUCCCGGUCUCUAUUUCUCUAUCCGUGCAUCACCCGCUUGCGUUACCGAGGUGAAUGCGAGGAAUAGUUUAGGGUUGGCCGGAUGGGGACGAUGUAUGAAAAACGUUUGUGAAGACUCAAUGCUGUGUAAUGAGAGUGAUUAGAUUGAAGAAAAACAACAAAAAUGUAAAAUAUUAAAAUUUUGCUUAGUCGGAAGGACAUUAUGAAGCUGGUGGACUGUACUUCUUUCUCACUCCACUAUGUGCAGGCGGUUAGAAAAUGCUGAUAAAUAAGCAAAAUGAAAAGAGGAAGUAGGAAACACUAACGCAGUCAAACAAAAAUGAUAAACACACACACACACAAAACAAGUUAAUCGACACAGCAAUUAAUAGCCGAUGAUUCCUCUCAUGCAUCAAGCGCAAAACAGCUGCAGAAAAAAAAGCAAAAUCGAACUAUUCGAAACCUGCCUCUCUCUCGCGUCGACACCUACACCUACCUACCUACCACUAGACAAAAGCAAACUCUAUUAACCUCUAUUUCUAAACUAAUCAAAUAAUUACGUUUCCAAGUUUCCAAAUCGAAUCAAAUCAAAGUGCGAAAAGCAUGAAAACACAAAAAAGAAAAAGGAAAACGCGCGUGUUUGCAGGCAAAUGAAACCUGAACAAACAGAGAAAAGUAAAAAAACAAAACUAACAAACACAACACAAAAUCAAGUUGCUAAAACCAGCAACUAAUUAGUAUAAAACAUAGAACCCAUGCACAGACAUUAAACAAGUAAAAAGAGAGAAAAAACAGGAAAAAGAAACACAAACAUACAUAGCAAACCUGAGAAAUCGAAAACUGGUGAAAACAAGAAGCAGAAAAACACACACAAAAACACAUAAAUGUGAACGUAAGUGGUAAACUGUUGCAAUAUAUUGUGCAAGAUACACCAGAGAUACACACGAACAUCUUGAAGAAGAAGAAAAAUGGUACAGUUUUACGAAUCCGCCCUUUUUUAUAAAGAAAACAAGACAAAAAACCAAGCAAAAGAAAAAGAGAGGGACAGAGAGCGAGUAACAAUGAACUAGUAAUGCGUGGAAAAAUAAAAAAGAAGCAAGUUUUGACAGUUGUCCGCUCAGCAGCAGCAGCAGCAGUAGCCUCCAAAAAAUCGUCCCUACACCAUGACCGCCACCCGCGUUUGUGGGAUGUUGGGUUGAUGGGUUGGUGUGAUGGGAUGGGUUGCGGGUUUUCGCCUGUUGCGCGUUAAUGCGCUAUAAUAUGCUUAGGAAUAAACUAAUAACAAUGUGAAUUAUAAGUAGAAGCUUUCCAACAAAAAAAAAACAAUCCACUCCAUUUAAGGGUAAUUUCCCGACGUCUUCUCGACGAAUCUUUCCUUCGAAAAACUCCGAGAGGAUUAUUAGUGGACGAAGUGAUUCUGUUUCUCUAGUACACACUCACACAUACACACCUAGUGACAAUCGCUUUGGUUUUAGUUAGCGCCAACAACACACACACACACACACAUACAUUUCACCCUUCAUUUGAUCAUUCAUUUGAUAAUAGAUGAUGCGGCUCUAUAGUAUGGCCAAAUACCUGAGCCUAGAGUAUGUCAGGUAUGUGUUUAACACACUACACAAUAUGGAUAUAAAGGGGUAUAGACACUACAUGCACACGCUCAUACAAGUAUAACAUAUAAUUACACAGUAGCAAACUUCAUCCCCUUCAAGUUAUAAAACAUCACCUCCGACAAGAAAGAGAGAGAGAGAGAGAGAGGGAAACAAGAUCGGUUGCACUCUCGUAGAAAUGAAAGCAAUAACAGUAAGCUGCUUGUGGGGGCGUGUGUGUGUAUGUGAUCAACCCUCCUUCCCUCUUUUUUUGGCAGAUAAAUAGACAAACAAACAAAAUAAGCAAAUCCACACCAAACCAGGAUGAAUAGCAAUAGAGCGGUAUUACAACCUUACCCCAAUCAUCAGGAAGCCAUUAUUGUUACGAUCCUGUACAUCAGAAGUCGAUGAUGAAUAGUGAUUGUGUCUGUUUAUUACCAAAUAUAUAAAUAUACUUAUAAAAUAAAACCUUGUCUCCUUGUGUUGUGUGAAGUGGAUAAGGAAUGAGGAAAAACAAUUGAUAGCAAACAGAUAAGCAAAGGAAAAAAGAAACAAAGUAAGGUAUAACACUCAUUGAGGAUCGCGAAAUUGAGGAAAAAAAUAAACAAAAGGUAAAACAAUACAUAAAACCUACACGAUUAUAAGAAAAGCGUAAUUAUUUCGUGAAAUCGAUACAAACAGAACUGUUACUAACAAGAGACGGUGCAAAUACGAAUAUGAAUGAGUUGACUAAGAAACAAAAAGCACGCAGAUCAGAACACAACGGAUAUUAUAAGCGAGAGUUUACUACUGCCUAGGUUCUAGUGAAUGUGAAAAGCAAAACAAAUAAAACAAAUCUGUAAAUGAAGAGCAUAAAACGGCCCCCUCAUUCCCCCAAAAACGCAAAAAUAAGAUGCAAAAUAACUAGAAGAAAACAAGAAGAAACGGUAGGUGUGAAAAGAACGCGGAUAUAUAAAUAAAACAACAAAGCGAGAGGGAAACAAAGCGUAAAGAAAACCGAAGCUGGAAUGAAAAAUAUGAAAGAUAGUAGAAGAAAUAUGUAUAUCGGAGAGAAAGACAAGAUAAUAAACAAGCAAAAAGGGAAAAAUGUGUGUAUGUGUGUAUGUAAAAGUGCGAACUGUACGCAACCGGUGUGUGUAUGUGCGUGUGUGAAGCAGUAAAUAAGAAGAAAAGGACGUUUGUAGGAAGGGAAAGUUUUGAACACAACACUGAAUGAACGUUUGAACCAGCGGUUGAUUAAGAAAUAAACAGAGAAAACAUAAUGUAGAAGAUGAAGAAGGUAAACGUUUGUAAGACGAAGCGAAAGCAUACCAGAGCGGGAAGGUAUGUGUGUAUGAGAAGGAUAAGAAUAGUAGAAGAAGAAAACAAAACAAAAAAAAAAGAAUUAUUCGAAUGCACGCGAUAAAUGAAAAUAAAUGAAUUAAUAACUACCAAUAA